AUGGGCAGGCUUCCAGAGAAGGGCACCAUCGUCGUAGUGGCGCGCAUCAUCCCAAAAGAAGGCAAAGCAGCGCGUGUAGAGGAGCUGCUGCUCAAGGUCCGAGCGUCGGCCGAGUCAGACAAAGAGCCAAGAUGCAAGAGCUACAGAACCGUCAAAUCUCUUGAUCAGCCUACAACCUUUUCCGUGUUUGAGGAGUAUGACGGUGCUCAGGGUGUCAAGGAGCACGGCAGGACAGAAGCCUUCCAGACGCUCGGCAAGGUCGCAAAGGACGAAGAUCUGCUCGUUGAAGCGCCCAUCAUCCACUUCUUCACAGAGAUUGGCAAAUUGCAUCAGAUGGAGGGGCAGAAAAUGGUAUCGUUUGACUAG